CUUCACUACGUCUACCUUAUCCUCCAGCUCCCGUCUUGUUCAGCCUUUGCGCAAGCUGCUGCAUCAAUUUAGCUCAGGGUCUGAGCUCGUCAACUGCGGUCGUUCCAGCUAACCGUCAAACACACUCGACAACGACUGCCACCAUUGCAGCCAUGGCGGACGUCAAGCCCGAGGAUACCCCUGUGGAGGACCACAACAUCGAGAACAACAGCGUCGGUGAGGAAGACGGCCACGAUGAGGAGGAGAUCUCUGCGAUGAAGAGGCGGGUGGCCGAGAUGGAAGAGGAGGCCGCCAAGUUGCGCGAAAUGCAAGCCAGCCUCGACCAACAGAGUCGGGAACUUUCAGAGAACAAGGAGGACAUCGACAGCCGCAGCAUCUUCGUCGGCAACGUCGACUACUCUGCUUCACCUGAGGAGAUUCAAGCUCACUUCCAGAGCUGUGGCUCCAUCAACCGCGUCACGAUUUUGUUGGACAAGUUCACUGGACAGCCCAAGGGAUACGCCUACGUCGAGUUCACCGAGCCUAGCCUCGUCGCCCAGGCCCUCGUCCUUAAUGAGAGCGUCUUCAAGGGCCGCAACCUCAAAGUCGUCCCCAAACGCACCAACAUUCCGGGUAUGUCUCGCGGUCGUGGUCGCGGCGGAGGCAGAGGAGGUCGCGGCGGCCUCGGCGGCCGUGGCGGUUUCCCGCCUCGUGGCGGCUACCGUGGAGGCUACCGCGGCCGUGGCAGAGGAGGAUUCACCCCUUAUUAGGCAUUAGGCAGAGUGACGCCUCUCGAGGGCUCGCUCGUGUCUAGUAGCCCGGAUUAGUGGGCGUGACGCGAUUCAUUGCUUCGAUUG